ACUUAAAUUUCCUUUUCCUCGAACGACUCUAUGCCGAUCGUUGCACUAGCCCUAAGAGAACUACCUUUACAACCUACGAAUUUUUUUACCAAGCAUUGAUUCAAGUUCAAAUUCAAACGCUCCUUGAUGGAGGCGUCUGGUUUAGAAUUUCCGCACUGGAUAGCGGUUCGGCGAAGAUUCGCACCGCACGAUCCCUUCUUCGUCGCUGGAAACAUUGAGCGCGAGCUCCUCGCCAAGCAGGUUGCCCUAGAACUUACAGAAAAUGAAAGAUAUCAAAUUCAAAGAAUGGAAGAUGCAGGCCGCUUCGUGCAUUGCCCUAUUGUUAGUUGUGGUGCUCGUUUGAGCUGUUUAGAGGACUUCGAAGAUCAUUACCAUGCUCGACAUAUGUCUGCUUGUUCAAUAUGCUCAAGAGUAUACCCAACUUCAAGGUUACUUAGCAUACAUGUUUCUGAAGCCCAUGAUUCUUUCUUUGCGGCAAAAGUUGCACAUGGGUUCCCCAUGUACGAGUGCUUGGUGGAAGGAUGCGGAGCAAAGCUGAAAAGCUAUAAAAGCCGGCAGCAACAUUUAAUAGACAAGCAUAAAUUCUCUUCUUCAUUCGAGUUCAAAAAGGCAAAGCCAUCCAAACACCAACGCCAAAACAAGCAACAUGCCGCCCAAAUGAAAGAGGUCUGGGAGGACAGAAAGCCUUUCACAGUACAACAAAAGAAAUAUCAACCAAAGAAAAAUCCCCAGAAUGAACAGGAAUCUCUUUGUAAUAGAAUGGAAGUUGAGGAAAUCGAUAAACUUGUUUCUUCUGUGUCAAAGCUAAGCACUUCAGAUUCUACUCCUUCGAAUAUUAGCUUUGGUCGCCGUCAUAGUCGAGCUUUCACAUUCAUCCCUCGCUCGCUCCGGCAGAAUGUAAAACAUCAAUCAAAUGCCAUGGAAUAGUCUAUAUGUAGCUAUCCAUCCGUAUUGCCAACUUCAGCAGAGUCAUGAAACUUGUUGGUUGGUAUCCUCUGUUUGAAGUGAAAUACGGAGGAUUGCUUUGAAAGUAAUUGGUCUCAUUCCAGAGUUAGAUGCAUCGAAAUGCUCUCCACUUCAUCAAAAUUAAUAUUUGUAACCUUGAUGAGUUCUUAGGAAAAUUGCAGCAAUUUGUAAGGUGAUAUACUUUUGUCACAAUAUGAGAUAGAGGCUUCUCUUUCUUCUUUUGAUUCUCCCAUGCUGACAGCGGAAUUUGUGGGCCAUGUUUUGUUCACAAUCAAAGUGUAUAAGUAGAUCAUUGGAUUUUGUGGUAGUUAUAA